AUAAUAAUACCAGUUAACAUUAACAUUAAUCUUCUAAUACUACCACUAUAUACUAUAGUUAUUUUAAAUUUUAUUAGUACACUAACAAGGAUUGAAGGACUUGAGUCUUCCAUUGGUUUGUGUUACUCAGGUCAACUCUAUAUACGUACUUCCUUCCUCCUACUCUCUCCUUGUUUAUUUUUAUUUCAUUUAAUUCAUUGUAUUUUUAAUGUGUUAUGUGGAUAGUGGGAUAUGGAGGAACGGUAUGAGCCAAUCAAGGACCUUGGUUCUGGAAAUUUCGGAGUUGCUAGGUUGGCUAAAGACAAGAAAACAGGGGAGCUUGUUGCUGUUAAAUACAUUCAAAGGGGUAAAAAGAUUGACGAGAAUGUUCAAAGGGAGAUAAUUAACCACCGAUCUCUAAGGCACCCUAACAUUAUCAGGUUCAAAGAGGUGUUUCUCACUCCAACUCAUUUAGCUAUUGUUCUGGAAUAUGCUGCUGGUGGUGAACUCUUUGGGAGGAUUUGCACAGCUGGUCGAUUUAGCGAAGAUGAGGCAAGAUUUUUCUUCCAGCAACUCAUAUCUGGAGUUAGCUACUGUCAUUCAAUGCAAAUUUGUCAUAGAGAUCUGAAACUGGAAAACACUCUCUUGGACGGUAAUCCGGCACCUCGACUUAAGAUUUGUGACUUCGGUUUCUCCAAGUCUGCAUUGCUGCAUUCGCAGCCUAAGUCAACAGUUGGAACACCAGCAUAUAUUGCUCCAGAGGUUUUGUCUCGAAAGGAGUAUGAUGGAAAGAUUGCAGAUGUUUGGUCAUGUGGGGUGACUCUGUAUGUAAUGUUAGUUGGAGCAUACCCAUUUGAAGAUCCAGAAGAUCCUAGAGACUUCAGAAAGACUAUUGGGAGAAUAAUGAGCGUGCAGUAUUCUAUACCUGAUUAUGUGCGUCUUUCUUCAGAGUGUAGGCAUCUUCUCACUUGCAUUUUUGUUGCCAAUCCAGCCAAGAGGAUUACUAUUCCGGAGAUAAAACAGCACACAUGGUUCUUGAAGAACUUGCCUAGAGAGAUAAUUGAGGCUGAUAGAAGAAUCAAUCAAGAAAGUGGGAAGGAGGAGCCACCAAGCCAAAGUGUUGAAGAAAUCAUGCGUAUAGUCAAAGAGGCAAGGAAACCAUAUCCAGGAUUAAAAUUGGAUUCUGAAGUUGUUGAAGCUAAAGAGGAACUUAAUGUUAAUGGAGAUUCUGUGAAACCUCUUUUAUCCUUAAAUUAAUUAUUACUGUCUUUAAUUUUUCUUGAUUUAGGGUUGUGUUUUAUAAGUCAAUGUUGUG